AUGGCCACCAAUAAGCUAGCAAUACCGACAUUUGCCACGCCUUUAGAAAACACAUUUGAGAGAAAUGUUGAGGUGACAGAGAAUGAAUUGAAACUCAUUAGUUACAAGCUGGAGAGGUUCCUUGAGGCUAAAAAAGAAUGGUUCUAUAAAUCAUUAGGAAGGGAUAGCCAUGUUAGCACCAUUACACUUAGAAAAAAGCAAAUUGAUGAAGCUGAAGAUGAAGAUUAUGGAAACACAUCUGUAUGUCCACUUCAAGGAUAUUUACUUAGAUCCUCAAUUGAACUUCUAGAGAUAGCAAUAGAAGUAAAGAAAAAAAGGGCAUCCCUUGUGGAACCAUUUCAUAAGACAAAGAUAACAAAUCAGUGCAUCAUAGAGACAGGAAAAAUUAGAGAAACACAACUAAAGCAAACACAACAGCCUUCUAGGCAUAUCAUGAGCAAAUUAUUGAAGAAAGUCCAUACUUCUUCAAAAAGCUUGAGCACUUUUGAGAGUUAUGCUAAUUCUGCUUUAACCAGCAAGAAACUCUCUAAAGAUAGUCAUUGA